AUGGCAUCUGACAAGCAACUCGUCGCAGUGGUUGGAGCUACCGGUGGACAGGGCGGCUCGGUCGUUGACGCUCUCCUUGAGACUGGAAGAUAUCAAUUGCGGGCUAUCGUUCGCGAUCCAAGCUCUGAGAAUGCACAGCAAUUGGCUGCGAGAGGCGUCGAGGUCGUCCGAGGAAACCUGGAUGACAAGGCAAGCCUCGUCGAGGCGUUCAAGGGGGCAUAUGCCAUCUUUGGUGUCACUAAUUUCUUCGAAACAUUCAUGAAGUAUGGCCCGGCAGAGGCGGAAAAGCGUGAGUUGGUCCAAGCGAAGAAUCUGGCCGAAGCCGCCGCUGCCACCAGUGGUCUUCACCACUAUAUCUGGUCAACUCUCCCGUCAUCAGCUGCCUUGUCGCAGGGCAAAUACCACAAUCCUCACUUCGAAUCAAAGGCUACCGUGGAUGAGUACAUCCUCAAGGACUUGCCCGACCUGGCAGCCAAGACCACCUUCCUCUGGGUCACCUACUAUGCGUCGAACCUGACCUUCCCGCUCUGCACGCCAAGCCUGCUCCAGACCAGUGGCCAGUACGCCUGGGUGCAGCCGGCGGUGGGCGAAACACCAAUCACCACCAUCGGAGACCAUCGCAAGAACGUGGGCAUCUUUGUCGAAGCGAUCUUCAGGCAGCCGCAGCUCACCCGUGGUGGAAAGUAUGUCUUGGCCGAGGUUGAGACACUCACCAACCAAGCACUCCUGGAACGCUGGAGCAAGGUCACCGGGAAAUCGACCGUUUAUGUUCCCAGCACAGUGGAGGCUUACAACAAGCUGUUCCCUGACUGGGGCUUGGAGAUGGGGGCGAUGUUGAAAUUCUGGGAAGAACUUCGAGAGGCUUCGUGGAAGAAGCCGGGAGUGACCCCUCUGCGCAAGGAGGACCUGGGUAUCGAUGUUUCUCGACUGACCGGUCUGGAGGCUGCUAUUGCUCAGAUCAACUGGGGUUGA